AUGGGUGUCGGUGUGCGCGCGCAACUCGGGGCUGUGCUCCUGCUGACGCUGACGGCGUGGCUGGCGGACGCCGUUCCCACAGCUAACAGCAACCGGCCGGACAUUCUGCCGACGGACUGCGGCCGCCGCCUUGUGCGGCCAGACGAAGCGCGCCGACCGUUCAUAGUCGGGCCGGGCAACACCACCGCCUAUUAUGGUAAAUAUCCGUGGCAGGCGCGGCUGGUCAUGUACGAUGCCAAUGUGAAGGGCUAUGUACAUCACUGCGGAGGCAUCAUUGUCUCGCAGGAACACGUGGUGACGGCCGCCCACUGCGUGAUUGAGGUGGCCCCACGUCGGCUGCUGGUGCGUGUCGGAGACCUCCGAUUUGACGACCGCGAGCUGUUCGAGCAGGAGUUUGCCGUCGCCAGCUACCACGUGCACAGCCGGUUCGGCACGGCUGCUGGCUUGCGGCACGACGUGGCCCUGCUGCGGCUACGUCGCCGCGUCGGACCCGGCAUCGAGUUCGGCCGCUACGUGCAGCCGGCCUGCCUACCGGCAGCCGGCACCAAGUACGAGACGUUUCUGCCGUGCGAGGUGUCCGGCUGGGGCCGCAUUGCGGACCUUGCGCCCAUCUCGGAGGUGCUGCGCGGCGUCUCGGUGCCGCUGGUGUCGGACGCCUUCUGUGGCGCGCCCGAGGUGUACCAGGACCGCUUCCUGCCCGGCGCCAUGUUCUGCUCGGGCCCGACGGGUGGCGGCGCCGACAGCUUGACGCUGUACCGGCCUCUCUGCGGCCUGGACGCGGCCACCACUCCGCUGUUCUGCUGCCCCGGACAGGAGCCGCGCGGCGCCGGCUGCGGAAAGACCAGCUUUUCGCCACCGGCGCAGCUGGGCGCCUCGUUCGUCAAGAACGCCGCCAACUUUCCCUGGAUGGCGGCCAUCUCCGAAAGACAAAAGGGCGGCAGAGGUAUAGUGGUCUGCGGGGGCGCCGUGAUCUCUGACCGAUGGGUGUUGACGGGGGCGACCUGCGCUCGCGAUGGCCGCCAGCUGAGUGUGCGCUUCGGUGACCUCGACUUGCAGGACACCUCUGACGACAAUCCUAACGCUCCUCCGUUCGAGCUGGACAUCAUCAAAGUUGCGCGGCAUCCCCAGUUUUCGCUGCCGGAAAAGAGAGCUCAGGACAUUGCCUUGCUGAAGACUGUGUCAAAAAUUUCGUUCUCCGGCACUUCGGGGCCGGGCAACACCACCGCCUAUUAUGGUAAAUAUCCGUGGCAGGCGCGGCUGGUCAUGUACGAUGCCAAUGUGAAGGGCUAUGUACAUCACUGCGGAGGCAUCAUUGUCUCGCAGGAACACGUGGUGACGGCCGCCCACUGCGUGAUUGAGGUGGCCCCACGUCGGCUGCUGGUGCGUGUCGGAGACCUCCGAUUUGACGACCGCGAGCUGUUCGAGCAGGAGUUCGCCGUCGCCAGCUACCACGUGCACAGCCGGUUCGGCACGGCUGCUGGCUUGCGGCACGACGUGGCCCUGCUGCGGCUACGUCGCCGCGUCGGACCCGGCAUCGAGUUCGGCCGCUACGUGCAGCCGGCCUGCCUACCGGCAGCCGGCACCAAGUACGAGACGUUUCUGCCGUGCGAGGUGUCCGGCUGGGGCCGCAUUGCGGACCUUGCGCCCAUCUCGGAGGUGCUGCGCGGCGUCUCGGUGCCGCUGGUGUCGGACGCCUUCUGUGGUGCGCCCGAGGUGUACCAGGACCGCUUCCUGCCCGGCGCCAUGUUCUGCUCGGGCCCGACGGGUGGCGGUGCCGACAGCUGCGAGGGCGACUCGGGCGGCCCGCUGGAGCCGCGCGGCGCCGGCUGCGGAAAGACCAGCUUUUCGCCACCGGCGCAGCUGGGCGCCUCGUUCGUCAAGAACGCCGCCAACUUUCCCUGGAUGGCGGCCAUCUCCGAAAGACAAAAGGGCGGCAGAGCCAACAGCAACCGGCCGGACAUUCUGCCGACGGACUGCGGCCGCCGCACCGUGCGGCCGGACGAGGCGCUCCGACCGUUCAUAGUCGGGCCGGGCAACACCACCGCGUAUUGUGGUCAAUACCCGUGCCAGGCGCGGCUGGUCAUGUACGAUGCUAAUGUGAAGGGCUACGAACACGUGGUGACGGCCGCCCACUGCGUGGUUGAGGUGGCCCCACGUCGGCUGCUGGUGCGUGUCGGAGACCUCCGAUUUGACGACCGCGAGCUGUUCGAGCAGGAGUUUGCCGUCGCCAGCUACCACGUGCACAGCCGGUUCGGCACGGCUGCUGGCUUGCGGCACGACGUGGCCCUGCUGCGGCUACGUCGCCGCGUCGGACCCGGCAUCGAGUUCGGCCGCUACGUGCAGCCGGCCUGCCUACCGGCAGCCGGCACCGAGUACGAGACGUUUCUGCCGUGCGAGGUGUCCCGCUGGGGCCGCAUUGCGGACCUCGCGCCCAUCUCGAAGGUGCUGCGCGGCGUCUCGGUGCCGCUGAUGUCGGACGACUUCUGUGGUGCGUCCGAGGUGUACCAGGACCGCUUCCUACCCGGCGCCAUGUUCUGCUCGGGUCCGACGGGUGGUGGCGCCGACAGCUGCGAGGGCGACUCAGGCGGUCCGCUGGUGUGUGGCGACACGGACAGCGGCCGCUUCGUGGCAUUUUGA